AUCAAACACUCGACGGCUCUGGCACGGAUCGGACGGUUAAGUUGCGCCACGACACAUCGCGAGUGCCACGAGAAUUUUGGUUAUUUUCGAAAACUUCCAAGUUUGGGAACCCCCAAAAAAGAAUAUAAAAGUUAACUUUAAAUAUUCGCACACAAAAAUCUAAAAUAUUUCAAACUACAAGUGAAAAAUAUCUAAAAGAAUUUUGUACUGCGUUGCGUUUCGGCUUCACUUCAAUUUUCUAUAAAUAGCCAACAAAAUAUAAAUGAAAAGAAAGUGAACAAGUGCAAAAAUAAUUUAUCUAACUACACAUAAAAAAAUAUAAAUAAAUUUACACAGAUAUCUAGUAUCUAUAGGAAAAGUGUGCCGCCGUUUUUUCCUACAAUUUAUCGAUCAAAUACAUAAGUUCCCCCGACGUCAGGCCUAUCGCAAACAGCAUAAAAAACUCUGCUAAUUGUGGGGGGGUUUUUUUGGGUUGACUGCUCGGAUGGAUAUGCCCAUGGUAUUGACCAACAAAGCGAGAACGUUGCCAUUUGUGGCUCAUUAGAGGACACCGACGUGUCGGCAGACGGCAGCAGGCAGCAGGCGGUAUUUCCCCUGGCUGAGGUGCCAACUGGUGAAGGAAAGAGCACCACAAAAACAAGUAGAACAAUAAUCAUCACAAAAACCACCAUCCAAAUCUCAGAUUAUGAGACAUGCUACAUCAGAAAACAUCAAGCCAGAACAAGCAGAACCACAGCACGAAACACCACGAAAUGCUUAAGGCACACAAAUAGAAAAUUCUAGAUUUGGCAAAUUAGGAUUUCAAAACACAACCGAAAGUCGAAAGUCGAAAGGCAAAAGCGACACGAGGCGAGGCGAGCACAAUACAGAAAUUCCCCCUGAGAAAAGCCACAGCAAACAAUAGCCAAGAUGGUCGACGACAUUUCCCCCAUGCACCAUCGCAUGCAGAAGAAGACACGCAGCGCCUCCAUUUGCGCCACGGGGGCCAGCAUCGAGACGGUCAUCCAUGGCCUGCCCACAGCCUCGGGCAGUGCCACGCCAGAGGGCGGCACACCCGGCUACCGUCGACGCCGGCCGGCCACACGCUCCCAAAGUGCUCGCAUCACAUCGGGUGCCCGAUCGGUUCGCCAGCGCACCAAGGCACAGCAGCAGCAGCAGCAACAGCAGCACACGCUCCAGGAGGCGCGAUCCUAUUGCAACAGCGAGCCGCGUCUCAGCGAGACGGAGACGCCACCGCAGCGACGCAAGCUCUCGCAACGUCGGCCCCAGCCACACGGGCACAGAAAAUCGAACGCCUUCCUGGACGUGCCCACCAUGAACAUGCAUCACCUGCGCGUCAACGACGACGACGAGGAUGUGGACAGACUGCGCACAUUCAGCGCAUCCAAAGGAGGCAUCAUUAAUCGCGGCGACUCGUUCCGACGUCGACGCUCGCGCAGCAACAGUCUGGCUCCAUCCAGCCCCAUGCACGCCCGCAACGGAGUCGGCGGUCUGGGCGGCCAUGUGGGCGGUGGCAGCAGCCAGGGCCUGGGCUCCGGCUACAAUGGCGGCGGCAGCAGCAGCAACGGAUUUGGACACGGACAAAGCGCCCAGGAGAACCACCAGCCGGUGGAGUUCUAUCGCGUGGAGAUGCUGGGAUCAGCGGGCGUCGGCAAACAGGCGCUCGUCUCACAGUUCCGCACCUCGGACUGCAUCAAUGCGUACGAUGGGCCAGAGUGCGAUGAGGCGGAGCAGAACAUCUCCAUCAUCUUGAAUGGCACCGAGUCGGAGCUCAAGUUCCUCACUGGCAACCCGGACAGCAAGGACGACCUGGAGGAGGCGGAUGCAUUUCUGGUGGUCUACUCUUGCAUUGACAAGGAGUCCUUCACGCGGGCCAAGCAGAUACUAUCGCGACUGCAGGACAUGGACUUGCACCGCCAUCGCCCCAUCAUUCUGGUGGCCAACAAAAUUGAUUUGGCCCGCUCACGCGCCGUCUCUGCACAGGAUGGCAAAUGUCUGGCCUGUGCGUUCGGAGCCAAGUUUAUCGAGGUCUCGGUGGGCAUCAAUCACAAUUGCGACGAGCUGCUGGCUGGAACCCUCACACAGAUACGCCUCAAGAAGGACCAGAAUAUGUUGCAGCUGAAUCCAAAAAAAGCAAAAGAUAAAUAUAAAAUUAAAGAUAACAAGAACGUAGAGACUGUAGAAACUGAUCAAUUUCUGACUGAUCUUAAGGCCGACGAUGGGGGCCAUCGGGAGGGCAGCUCGCCGGCACAUUGGUACAAGAGCCGCAGCGUGAUGCUGGCCAGCAUGAAGGCCCGACAGAUGCUCACCUGGAUACUGGGCAAGGAGGACUCCAAGUUCAAGCACUGCGAGAAUCUGCAAGUGCUAUAAGCUAUAAACAAAAC